GCGGACAUGGCGGGGCGGGGGCUUGCCUUCUGGAGGGCGAUCUUGCAGGAGUCAAGUGAUUGACUGCUCUUUCCGUCGCGCUUUCCCUCAGGGCCCUGGGCCAGGAGAACAAUAAGCCCCUAACAACGAUCUGGUUGUAACUGUGCCCGGUGACAGAGCUGGACAAAGGGUGCUUGUGUCAGCUCAGCUUCUCUCUCCAGCCUUCAGCUGAGUUGGGAAUGUAGGGAGUCAGCCUCCGGAGGACGCGAGGAGUCCAGUGUGUGGACGCUGCCUCCGGUGCUGGGGGCAGGACUUUGCGGCUGCCUGGUCGCACUUCCUGCUGGUGAAAGCACAUUGGGGUCAUAGGGCGGGCACAGGGAAGUCCUCGGAGCCUUUCAGCCGCUGCUCUAAAAAUGAUGAAGCUCUAGGGCCCUCGCCUGGGAACAGACCAGAAACGGAUGGGCUGUAUGGGGUUCCACAGGCUGCGUCCAGUCUCUGAGCUCCCCUAGGUCUGCAGGGUAUAGCACAGCCAUGGCUCAGUCACUGGCUUUAGCCCUCGAUGUCCCGGAGACCACGGGAGACGAAGGCCUGGAGCCCAGCCCCUAUGAAGAAAGUGAAGUCCAUGACUCCUUCCACCAGCUCAUUCAAGAGCAAAGCCUUCGGGUGGCGGAGGAGGGGCUGGAGCUACUGCCCUUGGGUCUAGGCAGAGGUGACCAGACCCUCCCAGGACUUGAAGGUGCUCCUGCCCUUAGCUCGGCCACUCUCCGCAUCCUGGCCAGCAUGCCCAGCCGUACCAUUGGUCGCAGCCGUGGGGCCAUCAUCUCCCAAUACUACAACCGCACAGUGAGGCUUCGGCGCAGGAGCAGCCGGCCCUUGCUGGGCAAUGUGGUGCCCUCUGCCCGGCCCAGCCUUCGCCUGUAUGACCUGGAGCUGGACUCCACAAUCUUGGAGGAGGAUGAGAAGCGGAGCCUGCUAGUAAAGGAGCUUCAAGGUCUGUCGGCGGCCCAGAGGGACCACAUGGUGCGGAACAUGCCCUUGAGUCUGGGUGAGAAGCGCUGUCUUCGAGAGAAAAGUUGGAGCCCAAAGGGAAAGCGGCGGCACCUGCAGGGUCGAAGCGGGGCCUUCUCCUGCUGUAGCCGGCUCAGAUACACCUGCAUGCUGGCUCUUCAUAGCCUGGGGCUGGCACUGCUCUCAGGCCUGUAUGCUGCCAGGCCGUGGCGCUAUGCUCUGAAGCAGAUCGGUGGCCAGUUUGGCUCCAGCGUCCUCUCCUACUUCCUCUUCCUCAAGACCCUGUUGGCCUUCAACGCGCUGAUGUUGCUGCCUUUGCUGGCCUUCCUCGUGGGUGUUCAGGCUGCCUUUCCACCUGACCCAGCAGGCCCCGUGCCUACGUUUUCUGGUCUGGAACUCCUCACAGGCGGGGGCCGGUUCACACACACAGUUAUGUACUACGGCUACUACAGUAACAGCACGCUGAGCCCGUCAUGUGACGCCCCUCGGGAAGGUGGCCAGUGCAGUCCCAGGCUGGGCAGCCUGCCCUAUAACAUGCCGCUGGCCUACCUCUUCACAAUGGGGGCCACCUUCUUCCUUACCUGCAUCAUUCUGGUAUACAGCAUGUCCCACUCCUUUGGGGAGAGCUACCGGGUUGGCAGUACCAAGGGUAUCCAUGCCCUUACGGUCUUCUGCUCCUGGGACUACAAGGUGACACAGAAGAGGGCUUCCCGUGUCCAACAGGACAGCAUCUGCACUCAGCUGAAGGAGCUGUUGGCUGAAUGGCACCUUCGAAAGCGCCCUCGGAGUGUGUGCGGGCAGCUGAGGCAGGUCGUCGUUCUAGGUCUGGGGUGGCUGCUGUGUCUGGGCUCCACAAUGGGCUGCACGGUGGCUGUCCUCACCUUCUCAGAGGUAAUGAUUCAGAGACCUGCUUCUGGUGGCCAGGGGGUGGAGGCGUUGGCCUUGCCCCUGGUGGUCAGUGUCCUUAACCUGGGUGCCUCCUACCUGUUCCGUGGUCUAGCCACUCUGGAGCGACAUGACUCCCCUGUGUUGGAGGUAUACAUGGCCAUCUGCAGGAACCUCAUCCUGAAGAUGGCCGUCCUGGGUGUGCUUUGCUAUCACUGGCUGGGCCGCAGGGUGGCCACCCUGCAGGGUCAGUGCUGGGAGGACUUUGUGGGCCAGGAGCUGUACCGCUUCAUGGUCGUGGAUUUCAUCUUCAUGCUCUUGGACUCCCUUUUUGGAGAGUUGGUGUGGAGGCUCAUCUCAGAGAAGAAGCUCAAGAGGGGGCAGAAGCCUGAGUUUGACAUUGCCAGGAAUGUGCUGGACCUGAUUUAUGGACAGACACUGACCUGGCUGGGCGUCCUGUUCUCACCGCUCCUGCCUGCAGUACAGAUUCUCCGGCUGCUCUUCCUUUUCCACAUCAAGAAGGCCAGCCUGAUGGCCAACUGCCAGGCACCACGCCGACCCUGGCUGGCCUCGCACAUGAGCACUGUCUUCCUCACCUUGCUCUGCUUCCCGUCGUUCCUGGGCGCUGCUGUUUUCCUCUGCUAUGCUGUCUGGCAGGUGAGGCCCUCGAGCACUUGUGGCCCUUUCCGGACUCUGAACACCAUGUAUGAAGCAGGCACGGUCUGGGUGCGUCGCCUGGAGCAUGCAGGCUCCGGAGCCUCCUGGCUGCCCUGGCUGCACCACUUCCUGGUGGAGAACACUUUCUUCCUCUUCCUGGCUUCAGCCCUGCUGCUGGCUGUCAUCUACUUCAACAUCCAGGUGGUGAAAGGACAACGGAAGGUCAUCUGCCUGCUCAAGGAGCAGAUCCGGAAUGAAGGAGAGGACAAGAUCUUCCUGAUCAACAAGCUUCACUCUGUUUACGAGGAGGAGGGAAGGAGCAGGCCUGGCAGAACCCAGGACACUACUGAACCACCUGCCUGGCAUGAGGAUGGAGGGGACCAGAAGGAACCCUGUAACCCCCGGUCACCAUGAUCCUGCAAGCAGAGACUUGGACCUGAGAUCCCCACAGGAUGUGGCAGUAGAGUGACUUCCCAUGAACUCUAGUUGGCAUAGAGCAAGAAUGUGGGAUGUGGGACCCCUUCCCCUGGUAGGGUGUAUCUACAUAGCCCUGGGGUGUCCUGGCACUCUGUUGACCUGGCUGACCUUGAAGUCAGAGAUCCACCUGCUUCUCCCUUCCAAGUGCUGAAACCAGAGGUGUGCACCCCCUAUUAAAUGGGUUUUGCUACAUGA